UUAUCAUGGACCUAGUAGGCAGUAGGCGAACUAGCCGCACGGAAUCGGCAGACAUGUUUGGGGAAACGUCUGGGUUGGUCGUCGAGUGAGAGGUAUGAUGUGUGUGGUGGACUGGGUGCGCAGCGCUCGGUCCCCUUGUAUUAGCGAUAAUUUUUGUGAAGGAGAGAAAAGGAGCAUUGUCUUCUCCGUGUACAUAAAGAAGUGAGUUACUGCCAAAGAUGAUGGAAACGGUGGUAGGAGUGUCCAAACAACAGCCGUAUAGUCCGCAUCUCAAGAAAGUACUGAAGACGUACCAGUUGAGUGCGGUGAAGAGCCUUCAGGGGCCUAGUACUUUGCUUGGCACGGCGGCUGUGCACGGUAUGGACAAAGGGGUUGCGGUUACAGCAGUGGGGACCUCUGCCAUGACAACUACGGUGACAGUGGUUCCGAAGAAGGAACCGGCGCCACCCUCAGCCUCCGAUUGUGGUGAUGUGUUCAUGACCCCACCGCCCUUUCCGAUCCAGCAGCUUCCGAUCCUGACGACUCCAGAUCAGUCCCACAGUGAGCUUUCUGAAACUGUCCUCGAGGGUGAAACCAUUUCGUGCUUUGAGGUGGGCGGCGAGAAACGACUCUGCCUGCCACAAGUCUUCAACAGUGUGCUGCGGGAAUUUAGUCUCUUCCAGAUACGUCAAGUGUGUGAGGAGUUUCGGAUUUUCUUCUCUGAAUGCAAUAAAGAGCAGCUCAUAGUGCUCAAAAUGACAGGUAUCCUUCCAAAGACUGCCCAUUCGUGUGGGCUCAUCACAAAGACAGACGCGGAAAGACUGUCCAUCGCUAUGCUGCACCGAAGUGCAGUGAAUAAGGCAACAGUAUGCCACGAAGGGGCCCUGUCCGUCAAAGUGUACCACGAGUGUUUCGGAAAGUGUAAAGGCAUAUGUACGCCGGAGUUAUACACUGACAGUAAUGCACAAUGUAUCGAAUGUGUGGAGUGCCACGGUAUGUUCUCACCUCAGAAGUUUGUGUGCCAUGCUCAUCAUUUUCGGGAAAAGCGCACCUGCCACUGGGGGUUCGAUCCCAGCAACUGGCGUUCUUAUCUUCUGAUUGCUGAGGAUCAGGAAGAGCAUGAACAUUUAGCCAAGGUGCUGGAGAAGUUCAAGGAACAGCACGACAACACUGUCAACACGUUGCAACACAAUAAGCGGAAACAGGUACAUCUUAAUGCUGCAAUAUAACAAUUUAAAUGCAAUUUGUUGAUGUAUUCAGUUCAUUUUGAUGCAGAAUCUGAUUCAGGCGGAAAUUAAAUACGGAUAUUAGAAUUAAGGAUGGGAAACGUAAAUGCAGAUGAUUUUAUUACUGUAUUUCAAGCCAGUGGACACUGAAGAAAAAAAAAUAAUUACGGGUAUUAAGAAUUAAACCAGGGUUGCAAUAACUACAAGUGAAUAACUUCGGUAAUUUUUGUUUUCGAUUUUAUUACUUGAUGAAAAUGAUGGAGGCUGUAGAUAAAAUAAAUGUGGAUACUGGGAAUGUUACUAAGGUUUCAGGCUUGAAAUACAAGUGAUUAAAUAAGUUAUUCUUUCACCAGUUUCU